AUGCUUAUACUUAUAUCAUUCAUACAUUUACUAUUAAUUACUCAAAGCAGUGUGCAACAAGAUCAACUCUUUCCAUUGUUAAACUUCAAUUUUUUUGGUGGGCAACAAUCGAAUUACGAUAUUGCCGAUCACCGAUUAAAAAGGUGUUGUGGUCGUUUAAAUGAGGCCGAUGCACAUUGCAAAAGUAACUUUUGCAGUUUUGACGCAAUUAAUUCGAAUAAUGCUUUAUUAUUUCUAAUAAUUUGUACACCUCGUGGGCCAACAGUUGGACAAAUGUGGGAUUGCGUAUCAUCACGUCAGGAUCAUCGAGCAUGUUGUCAACAAAAUGGAGUUGGGCAAGAAUGUAUGGUCUAUUGUGAAACAACAAACGGUGUGCCAACGGAACCAGCAAAAUAUUUGCAGUGUUUACGAUACUUCAAUCCUAUACGAACUUGUUUCAAACAAUAUCUACACAAUCAUCCAAAUAUGUUUGGUGAAUUUUGA